AUGGUCCGAAAUAAGAAAUCACAGGCUCUGGGGGGCUCCCCACGCCGCCACACGGGCACUAUGGAUGAUUUUGUUUGCACCCCCAGCACGCAGGGCAGCUUCGGGCCACCGGACAAAAUGGCGCCCGAAUCCCCGAGCCAGGACAGCAUGGGCGACUCCAUCCCGGAUGACACGCUGGCCCAGAUCAAGCAGGAGCUGGCCAUGAUCUCCACCCACAUGCUCACCAAGGCAGACUCGGGCGGCUUCCUACAAGAGCUCCGGACGGCGAUCACGGAGGAGAUCAAGGCCCUGCGGACGGACCUGUCGGCGGUUGAAGUGAGGGCGCCAUUUGAAUCCCGUGUGUUAAGACACCUCCCGUGUCUUUAAGCCAAACCGCCGUUUAGUAAACCUUCCCCGGCUGCAGUACAGUCUCUGUUCGCUUACUCUGUAACCCACGAACCAAAUGCAGGGGAAGCGGCAAUCUCCCGAUCGAAAUCCACGAACGGCUCCAAACUCCCGAACGGCAAUAUACGAACUGCUAGGAACCGUCGAACAAUAAUAUCCCCAAAGCGGCUUUCGUUCCAUCCAGCAGUCUCUAAACGUGAAGAAGAAAUCCCCCCAAUAACGAGACAGAAGCUCCGCAUUGAGGGUCAAAUAAGAUCUGGUUUACUGUGGGCUACCUGCCCGUAUUUAUGCAGGUCUCCCACCUGGUGGACACUCCCCUAGGGGACCAAAUGGAAGACUUAAAGUACAGACAGAUAGAAGGACAUUUCUGACACACAGUCACAUAUUUUACCCACAGUGCAUUCUGAUUCCCUCCCCUCUGUCCUGGAGUUAAUUACCAAGUAACUCAAUUAACUCCAGGACAAGGACAGUCGCCAUCUUAAACAUGAAAUAAUAAAAGACACAAAAAUGCAUAACUACAUGAAAACUGAACAUUUCCCAUUCGUAUUACAUGUCCCCAGAUAGCCUGGGUCUGAGUGCAUAUUAUUGGCGAAUAGCGCUCAGAUCCCACACACAUAGUUCAAUCGCCAUGGAGUCAAAGUUCUUACAGUCUUUCGGUACACGAAUGACUCCAUGGGUGGGCUAUCUGGGUUAAGUCUUUUGUGUGUUCUCAAUCUCCCGAACGGCCGAUGUUCGCAUGCUUUCGUGGAGGCAGCCAGGCGUUCCCUUGUUUCAGCGGUGUUCGACAGAAAAAGUGUCCGUUUUCCGUUCCAUAGAAAUAGAGCCAAACACCGCUGAGCGUUCGCAUGAUUUAAAAUGGCCGCUGCCUCGUGGUCGACAUACGAACGACGACCACCCUGAGUUCGGUUUAAUUGAGAAGUGUCUGCGGUUAACCACAACGUUAUAAUGGUGAUCACUUCGUUAACCUGCAGCACACUCCUCACUUGGGUGGCCGUUCGUUCGGCGGUUUUGUUCGGGAAAAAGAGUCAUUCGAAUGGCUGGGCUAUAGAAACCAGCCAUUCAUACGAACGGGGACAAACAGACGAACGGGCAAAAAUCCAGCAGACAGAUGGUUCUGUCACACGGCUCCCUCCUUGUGGGACACUCCGGCAGACCCGGCUUGACCCUGUGGCGGGUCAACUUGGGGAUGACCGGACUACGAGGUGAUGGAAACGUCUGUUUGUCGUGACAACCCAUCUGCGUUUCCGUUCAGCUUACCGGGUCUGUAGCUGAUGGUAAAAUUGUAGGGCUGUAGUGCCAAGCUCCAUCUCAGCAGUCUCCCAUUGUCUCCUGAGACCCGGUUAAGCCAAACGAGUGGGUUGUGAUCAGUCACAAGGGAAAACUCUUGCCCAUACAAAUAGGGGCUUAACUUUUUCAAUGCCCAGACCAAAGCCAAACACUCCUUCUCCACUGCCGCAUAACUCACUUCUCUGGGUAACAACUUUCUGCUGAGAUAUGCGACAGGGUGCUCUCCUCCAUCUUCCCCGACUUGGCUCAGCACAGCCCCCAGUCCAUACAUGGAAGCAUCUGUAUGGACGAGAAAGCGUUUGUUAGGGACUGGGGCAGCCAAGACAGGGGCAUUCACAAGAGCCUGCUUCAGUGCCUGGAACGCAGCUUCACAAGCCGGAGACCACAGGACCUGCUUAGGCAAGUUCUUCUUCGUCAGGUCUGUCAGGGGCUUAGCGAUAGCGCUGUAGUCAGGGACAAAACGUCUGUAGUACCCUGCCGUCCCCAAGAAGGCCAAUACCUGGGUCUUAGUAGUAGGUGUGGGCCAGUUAGCCACUGCCUCUACCUUGGCUGGCUCCGGUCUCUGGCUCCCACACCCCACUCUGUGACCCAGGUACUGCACUUCAGCCAUACCUAGAUGACACUUUUCUGGCUUCAACGUCAGGCCAGCGGCCCUAAUCUUAUCCAGCACUACCCCUACAUGUACCAGGUGUUCCUCCCAGGACCCACUGUAGAUCGCAAUGUCGUCCAAGUAUGCACAGGCAAAUUCUUGGAAGCCAUCCAGGAGUCUAUCCACCAUCCGUUGGAAAGUAGCCGGUGCAUUUUUCAUCCCAAAAGGCAUGACCUUAAAUUGGUACAGGCCAAAUGGGGUGACAAAUGCCGACUUGGGGAUAGCAUCCUCGGCCAGGGGGAUCUGCCAGUAGCCCUUACACAGGUCUAUGGUGGUCAGAUAUCGCCCCCUGGCAAUACGAUCUAGUAAUUCGUCUACCCGGGGCAUUGGGUAGGCGUCAGUGGUGGUCCGCUCGUUGAGUCGCCUGUAGUCCACACAGAACCGGGUGGUCCCAUCUUUCUUUGGCACCAGGACUACAGGCGAGGCCCAAGGGCUGUCGGAGUGCUCGAUAACCCCAAGUUGGGUCAACUCCUGUAUCUCCUUCCGCAUUCCUUCACGGACUGCUUCAGGGAUACGGUAGGGGGGCUGUCGUAACGGGGUCUGUCCAGGGGUCUCUACCUUAUGCACCGCUAGGGUGGUAUAACCUGGUUCCUGGGAGAACGUCGCCUGCUUCUCCCAUAACAACUGCUGCGCCUGUACCCUUUCUGUGGGGUUCAACCGGUCCCCUAGCUGUACCAAGGUAGUAAGGUCAGUCUGGGAAUCCCUUUCUAAUAGAUCUGGAAGGGGUAAAUUCUCAGAAUCAUCUGCAGCUGGGGCACACACUGCUGCAAUAUUCUCAGGUCUCUCCUGGUACUCUUUCAGCAUGUUCACAUGAAAGGACCGCUGGAUCCUCUCAUCUGCACAGCUGGCUAUCAAGUAAGUAGUGUCGCAGAUCUGCGCCACUACCUUGUACGGGCCCUGCCAAGAUGCUUGCAUCUUGUUGGCCUUCACAGGUUUAAGCACCAAUACCUUUUGCCCAACCUGGAAGACCCGCUGUCGGGCACCCUGAUCGUACCAUCUCUUCUGUCUCCCCUGGGCCGCCUGGAGAUUCUCCCUUACCAUCAGGGACAGUUUCUCCAUGCGGUCCCGGAGUUCCAGAACAUAUGGCACUAUGGGGGUCCCUUCCUGCUCCGUCUCCCCCUCCCAGUGGCCUCUAAUGAGAUCUAGGGGUCCGCGGACCCUUCUCCCAUACAGCAGCUCAAAGGGGGAGAACCCAGUAGAUUCCUGGGGCACCUCUCUAUAAGAAAAUAAUAGAUGAGGCAGGAAUCUCUCCCAGUCUCUGCAAGUGUCUGUAAAGGUCCUCAGCAUCUGUUUGAGGGUACCGUUAAAGCGCUCGCAGAGACCGUUAGUCUGUGGGUGGUAGGGUGAGCUAAGUAACGGCUUAAUGCCGCACACCUUCCACAGUUGCUGGGUGAGCACAGCGGUGAAUUGGGUUCCCUGGUCGGAGAGGAUCUCCUUAGGGAACCCGACCCUAGUAAAAAUUCUAACCAGGGCAUCAGCAACCGUCUCUGCCUCUAUGUUAGACAGCGCUACUGCCUCUGGAUAGCGGGUGGCAUAGUCCACCACGGUAAGAACGUAUUUCUUACCUGAUGGACUAGCCCUGGCCAGUGGACCCACGAUGUCAACGGCUAUGCGGGCAAAGGGCUCCCCUAUAAUAGGCAUCGAUAAUAGCCUAGCCUUAGGGUGGUCCCCCCGCUUUCCUACCCGUUGACAUGUGUCACACGUGCUGCAGUACAUCCGCACAGCCUGGUUAAAGUUUGGCCAAAAGAAGUUCUGUGAAAUCCUAUAGGCUGUGCGGCGGGACCCUAGAUGUCCAGCUAAAGGAACAUCAUGCCCUAUCCGCAGAAUCUCCUGCCGGUACUUUGCAGGUACCACUAACUGGCGAUUCGGCGGAGAGGCAACACUCUUCUGGGAAGGUUUAGGGAUCCUAUAUAACCUGUCCCCCACCCACUCAUACCGUUCCCCAUCUAUUCCUUCCUCCCCAGCCUCUGCCCUGUCCUUGUAUCUUUGGAGGGUCGGAUCCGCCCGGGUUUCCCUCCCAAACUCCUCUGGGGAAUCCCAGCUUAAGAGGACCUGAUCUGGGGUAUCAGUCGGGGAAGGAGAUCUUACCUGGGUCUCGUCAGCAAGUGGGCUGGUUCCGGCAGCACGGGUCUGGGCACGGGUGGUCACUGGGUUCACGUCUGCAGGGCCCAUCGGAGCAUAGGCUGAAACCAAAGGGGCCAAAUCGUUUCCCAAAAGAACAUCUGCGGGCAAGUCCUUCAUCACCCCCACAUCCACAUGCCUAGCGCCCACUCCCCAAUCUAAAUGUACUCGGGCAACAGGUAAGCGAAACACGGCACCCCCUGCUACCCUUACUGCCACAGUGUCUCCAGUGUGUUGAUGCUCUGAGACCAAGUUCUUUUGGAGCAGUGUCAUCGUGGCUCCUGUGUCUCUCAGCCCAUUCACCACUCUGCCAUUUAGCUUCACAGUUUGCCGAUGUUGCUGGCGAUUAUCCUGGUGAGCUGCUUGCACUGGGUCUGCCUCGUGCAGAAUGCCCCAAAAUUCCUCCUGCUCUAGGCAGUGAGCAGCAGGCUGAGGUGGGCGCUGGUUUCCGUUAACUGGUCUCCUCCAGGACUGAGCCUGGUUGGCACUGUUCAGGGGGCACUCAGGACGCUUGUGCCCCAACUGCUUGCACCCAUAGCACCGGAUGGGUUGGGAGUACUCCCGGGCAUUAAAUCGGGCUGGUUGCAUAUAAUUGUUAGCUGGUGGUGCCGCUGGGGUACGGUGUACUGGGGGUUGGUAGACUGCAGGAGCGGGUGUUACUGCUGGUCGAUACUCCAGUCUGGCAGGGGCUUUAGCAGCUGUACCAUCCAACUUGCGGGCAUCCGUGUAUUCGUCUGCCAGACGGGCAGCCUCGGGUAGGGUAGAGGGUUUUCUGUCUCUGACCCAUUCCCGGACCCCAGCAGGUAGUCUAUCAAAGCAGUGCUCCAGCAGGAACACUUGUAACACCUCCUCCCCAGUUACCGCUUGGCAUCCAGCCAUCCAGUGGGCUGCGGUACGAUGAACUCUGCAGGCCCAUUCCACAUAAGAGUCCCCAACCAGCUUGUUGGUUUCUCUAAACCUCCGCCUGUACGCCUCUGGGGUUACUGCAUACCUGGCUAGGAGCGCCUCUUUCACAGCCCGAUAGCUGGUGAUCUCCUCCUCUGGGAUGGCCCGAAAAGCUUCACUAGCCCGGCCCGAUAAUUUCCCAGAGAGGAUGGUGACCCAUUCAUCUGCAGGUACCUGAUGUAGCGCACACUGCCUCUCAAAGUCUGCCAAAAAUCCAUCAAUCUCUCCCUCUGUUUCCACAAAAUUUUUAAAUGCAGCAAAAGGUACCUUCUUUCUGGCAACCACAUUAUUGUCAUACGGUACCUCUGCUGCUGCAGCUCCUCUUUCCCGGGCUGCCUGUUGUGUUGCAACUGCUGCCUGCACACGAACCACGAUGUCAGCUGAGGGGUUGGGGCCAAAAUGUGCCAGCCUUAUUUGUACUGCCCGGUUGAAUCGUAUUUCCUCGGGUGUUAAAUCCAAGGUACUGGGCACGUUGACUCUUUCCAUUCCCGUUGCUGCAUCCAUCUCCAUUAGCAAAGCAAUAAUCUCCCGUUUCUUUAAAUUGCUUGCUGACCUUCCUCGGCGUUCCAAUAUGUCCUUAAGUGUAGCACGCCUUAAUUCCUCGUACUGCAUCUCUUAUAGCUGACCUCCAAUGCUGUAGGAUUCAUCCCGUCGCUUGCCACCAAUUGUUAAGACACCUCCCGUGUCUUUAAGCCAAACCGCCGUUUAGUAAACCUUCCCCGGCUGCAGUACAGUCUCUGUUCGCUUACUCUGUAACCCACGAACCAAAUGCAGGGGAAGCGGCAAUCUCCCGAUCGAAAUCCACGAACGGCUCCAAACUCCCGAACGGCAAUAUACGAACUGCUAGGAACCGUCGAACAAUAAUAUCCCCAAAGCGGCUUUCGUUCCAUCCAGCAGUCUCUAAACGUGAAGAAGAAAUCCCCCCAAUAACGAGACAGAAGCUCCGCAUUGAGGGUCAAAUAAGAUCUGGCUUUACUGUGGGCUACCUGCCCGUAUUUAUGCAGGUCUCCCACCUGGUGGACACUCCCCUAGGGGACCAAAUGGAAGACUUAAAGUACAGACAGAUAGAAGGACAUUUCUGACACACAGUCACAUAUUUUACCCACAGGGCAUUCUGAUUCCCUCCCCUCUGUCCUGGAGUUAAUUACCAAGUAACUCAAUUAACUCCAGGACAAGGACAGUCGCCAUCUUAAACAUGAAAUAAUAAAAGACACAAAAAUGCAUAACUACCUGAAAACUGAACAUUUCCCAUUCGUAUUACAUGUCCCCAGAUAGCCUGGGUCUGAGUGCAUAUUAUUAGCGAAUAGCGCUCAGAUCCCACACACAUAGUUCAAUCGCCAUGGAGUCAAAGUUCUUACAGUCUUUCGGUACACGAAUGACUCCAUGGGUGGGCUAUCUGGGUUAAGUCUUUUGUGUGUUCUCAAUCUCCCGAACGGCCGAUGUUCGCAUGCUUUCGUGGAGGCAGCCAGGCGUUCCCUUGUUUCAGCGGUGUUCGACAGAAAAAGUGUCCGUUUUCCGUUCCAUAGAAAUAGAGCCAAACACCGCUGAGCGUUCGCAUGAUUUAAAAUGGCCGCUGCCUCGUGGUCGACAUACGAACGACGACCACCCUGAGUUCGGUUUAAUUGAGAAGUGUCUGCGGUUAACCACAACGUUAUAAUGGUGAUCACUUCGUUAACCUGCAGCACACUCCUCACUUGGGUGGCCGUUCGUUCGGCGGUUUUGUUCGGGAAAAAGAGUCAUUCGAAUGGCUGGGCUAUAGAAACCAGCCAUUCAUACGAACGGGGACAAACAGACGAACGGGCAAAAAUCCAGCAGACAGAUGGUUCUGUCACACCGUGGCUUUCCAUCCUGGCGUUGGGGCCCUAGAGAGAAGAAGCCCGGUCACCCCGGAUGUGUGGUGGACCGAGCGGCGCUGAGGAGUAACGGGGCACAAGGAGCCCGGGUGGCCCGGAAUCAGCCGGACCACGAGGUACUUGGUUGGUCCUGGGUGGGGGGGAGAAGCUGCCCAUAGCGGGAUAAGGUAGCAUAGGUGGGGAGGGAGGACGAAGCAGCCUCUGGAACACUAGCGGAUACUGGUCUCCGGCCGCCACCAACUUUUACCCCCUUCCGGUCGGGACAAAUGUACUGCCACUUGUUGCCGCACUCUUUACCCAUAGGGGAUCUCCCGACCGUGCCCCGGGAGCUUGGGGCCCCCCCUCCCUUUUUCUAUGCCUGUGUGGCGCGUGCCCCCCAUGGUGCUUUCCCGUUCCCGGGUUAGUAUAGGGACCGGAAGUGUUAGUUUCCGCCCGGGUUUGGGGUGGGUCCUGGGGGCAGCUGGGGGAGCCGGGACGCUUGGCGGGGUCCUGCACGCACUGUACCGGGACAGCUGCUGGGGGGACUCUGGGUGGGAGUGCGGGCCGGGUAGGGGUUGGUGGGGAUGGGGUGAGAGCCCCAGCACGGAGAAUGCCCGAGGGGACGGGCGCGAGAUGACCAUUUGCACUUGCCAUUGCCCCUGAAUCCACUGAGCGGGGGGGAGACUGCAACUCAGACGAAAUGGGACCCAGACCUAUGUAACCCCCACCCGGACCACAUCUUAGCUCAGAAUGGCCAUAGACAGACGCAGAGGGCCAGGGGAGAGGACAUGGGGGACCUCUAUAGAGACAGGGCAAGUAGCUCUCAUUUGAGGAUACGCCCAUCCUUCACUUCUGCCCGCACUGGGCCACACGCGCACCCACAGACAGACUGUAACACACACUAAGACGGGGGACCAGGUGGGUGGUUAAUUUAAGAGACGGAACACCCAGAUCGGAUUCACCCAACUAGACAGUCAAGUCUGCUUUUGUACAUAGUUUCAUUGUUGUGUUUGUUUAUCUCGUUUAACUCACACCCCUCUGAUAUUAGGGGCUACCGCCCCACCGCGCACCCGCGACCAGGGGACACCGCCCCAUACGUGGGCCCCCUGAGUUAGGUGAGCACACCCGGGUUCCCCCUGCGCCCCUUCCCCGCCGGUCCCUCCCCCUUGUCCGCCCCUCCCCCCCCUCGGCCCCUGUGACGCCGCUCUGGCCUCCAUGCCCACCCCGGGUACUGGGGGGUUUGCCCCGGCGCCCCUUCGCCUCUGGUCCAACAAUGUCAGGGGCCUGAACACGCCGGAACGGAGAUCGCACCUGCUGAGAGCUUUGUGGGCAGCUCGGGCUUCGGUCGCAUUUCUCCAGGAGACCCAUUUUCAGGGGGGAGAGGCCCCGGUUCUCGGGGAUCGGAGGUUUCCUGCGGGGUUCGCCAACCACAGAGACGCCAAGAAAGCAGGAGUGGCUAUCCUCUUCGCCAGCACUGUGCCCUUCACCUGCCUGGAGGAACUGGCCGACCCGAAUGGAAGCUACUUAUUCAUUAAAGGCACGAUAGCAGAUCGGCGCUACACCUUCGCCUCCGUGUACGCACCUAAUGCCAAACAAUAUCGCUUCCUCGCUAAAAUAGCACGGCUGCUUGAGGGUUUCCGGGAAGGGCUCCUGAUCCUCGCGGGUGACCUCAAUGUCCCCAUGGACCCCCGCAUAGACACCUCGAGGGGGGGUAGCUCACUGUCGGCAACUUGCCUUCGGGUCUCCCAGACGGCACUUCGAACGGCAGGGCUCGCGGACGGAUGGCGGGUCCUUCACCCAGACGCGAGAGAUUAUUCCUACUAUUCCCCAGUGCAUCGAGGUCACAGCAGACUAG